AUGAGGGCCGACCCUUUAACAGUACUGGCUGCAGCUGAUGGCUCUAUCCCUCAGUCUAACCAGUAUCAGGCGACUUCAGCUGCUAUCAUCUACAAGAGACAUCACAAGAUUGAAAGGACUUGCUACAUCUCUGGCAGGGUUACUGCCCCAGAUGUGGAACUCAAUGCCAUUGCAUGUGCAGUUCACCUUGCUGUCAAGCAGGCAAACUGUCAACAUAUCAUGGUCUUCACUGACUUUAUGGGCUCGGCCCACAGAGCAGUUGACCCAUCCGUGCAUGCUGGUCAGGCUUUCAGUCUGUCAGACAUCCAUGGUGAGGCGCACAAGUACGUUACUGAGCUUAAAGUCAGGGUUGGAUGUCUUCAGACGGAUAAUUCUAUAGAUGUGCUGCACUCCCAGGCCAUGCACUCAGUCCUGGACACAUGGGGCUCCAUGUUCCAGGACAGUACCUAUCAGGGCUCUGAGUUCUUAGAGCUUCAACAGCCUGAUGGGUGGCUGAUCCAGCCAUCGUACCUCAAUGGAGGACCUUGGCUUUCAUACUUUGGACACAGUAUUUCUGAGUUUGCUUGUAUUUGCCAGUGUAUAACUGGCCAUGUGCCCAUUGGAGCAUACUACUGUCACUUCAAGAUUAAUGAGCCUCACGGCUGCACUUGUGGGGCUGCAUUGCAGCUUGCCAGCACAUCCUCUUUUGCUGUUGCGACAGAUAUUUUACACACUAUUCCUGAGAAAACGGGGAUAUUGCAUCCUUUAUGA